CUUCCCUGAUGAGGCACCAGUCGGCUGCUGAACGUAACAAAGAUGGCGUCUCUCGGUGCUCCCGUCCGUGUCUCUCCCUUGAUUAAGUUUGGACGAUGGGCUGCCUUGCUGACUGGCAUUGUCUAUGGUAGCAGCCACUUCAAGACUCUGAAAGCCAAGGAAACCAUUCUGCGGGAGGAGGAGGCCAAGCAGGCUACCAUCAGAAAUGCCCAGCUUGAAGAAGAAAAGAAAAAGCUCAACAGAGACGAGAUGAUAUACCUGGCUGGUCAAGCAGGAGUGAAGGUCCCGGCAGAUUUCUAGUGUUAACAUGUAUAUUUCUAGACUGGGUUGCAUCAGCGAAAUUUCUAUGGUUGAGUGGUUGAGACACCUAACCCAAUGGCAAAAAGUAAAUAUCUGUAUAAAGUGUAACUUUAUUAAAUAAGAACUUGUAA